AGUACCAGCCAGAGGAAGAUUUUGGUGUUAUUUAGGGGACUGAUUUAUUUUUAUACAGUUAACAUUACCCUUCCAUGACGUACAUGAUAAAAAUUAAAUAAAUGAACGUCCAGUUAUUUAGUUUUGAUUUGACAGCUGUAAUGAGGAUCUGGAAUUUCACGUCUGCUCUUUAGCUGCUGUUUUGUUUAUCUGUAUUUGUUGCUAGGUUGAGUCUCAUACUUUCAGCCGUGAUAAAAAAAAUACAUUUGUAAUAAAUCAAUAGUACGUUUAGUUUUCCAUCAUAAUGUUCAUCAUUUUUUGACUUUUUAAAUAAUAUAAUAUAUAUAAAUAAAUGCAGGGCUGGACAGAAAGAGGAUGUUAUUACCAUACUACAAGACUACAUCUAUUCUCUCUAGUAUACGAUACAUUCUGCACAUAGACAUCAUACUAGCCUCACCCAAAACCUGCCAGUGGUAUAAAAGUAAGCACUGCACUGUUCUAGACAAUUACACAGAGAAACUGAGCAUCAAAAGCUAACCAAAUACAAAGCAGACAGAUUCUUUUUCAGUGAAUUAAAGAGCUGGAUUAGGUGCACUUAUCUUUGUUUCCUUUCAAAGCAAAGAAAUCUACAAUGGCAAGCAGUGAUUCAAAGGGGGAAAUCUGCACUGUUGGAGAUGUGUAUGUAUUCACAGUGAAUGUGAGUGAGUUUGCACCAGAAGAAGUUACCGUAACCUCCACCAAUAAUUCAAUCCAAGUCUGUGCAGAAAAGCUGGCAUCAGAUGGCACAAUUGUGGACACUGUUUGUCAGAAGUGCCAAUUUCCGGCUGAUGUGGAUCCAAUGUCGGUCACAUCUUCCCUAGAGAAAGGUGGCUUUUUGAGUAUUAAAGCCCAAAAACAAUCAGUAAAAGGGUCUGCAGUCAUAGACUCAAUCUAAGAAGUGAAAAAUGAAUGUAUCUAUGAGCGUUUUAGAAACAAUCUGUUUUAUCAUUAUUAUACUUUAAAUGUCAUCCUUUGGAUUUUUAAACAAAAACAAAUGUUAAAAUUUGUAUUUUCUAUUUGAAUAAGGUUUCUGACUUCUAUAUAUUGUCCUAGACUAACUGAGACUUGUCAUGGCACUUGUAUACUGUUGUUCUCUCGUUGGUUUGA